CCGCGCGCGGUGGCAUCUUCGCAGAAAACCUAAUCGUCCACUCCUUCUCUCCCUGUUGCGCUGCAAAGCGGCCGACGAUCGGCGACCGGCGUCCGUGCGCAAGGCUUGCCCCAACGCGGCUGCGCCUCCCAUCUCGCGGACGACAUCGACAGCUCGCGGCAGUGUCUCCCCCCUUCCCGCUUGCCCUGGCCGCCGGCGCUUUCUUGCAGUGCUUCCUGGAAGAGCAAAAACCCCCAUUGAGAUAGUUGCAGUUAGACAUGUCAACAGGCCCUGGACUCGAGUCAUUGGUAGAUCAAACAAUAUCAGUCAUUACAAAUGAUGGGCGCAACAUUGUGGGAGUUUUGAGAGGCUUUGACCAGGCUACAAAUAUUAUUCUUGAUGAAUCUCAUGAGAGGGUUUACUCUACCAAGGAAGGUGUGCAGCAACUUGUCUUAGGGCUCUAUAUUAUAAGAGGCGAUAACAUAAGUGUAGUGGGAGAGUUAGAUGAAGAACUGGAUGCAAAUCUCGACUUGUCCAAACUCAGGGCGCAUCCUCUUAAACCUGUGAUACAUUAACAGAGGAAGCAUGAUCAAGACAAGAGGACGGGCUACAUGUUUGUAGGAGAAUAUUGUUCUUGUUUUAGAGCUCAACGUGAGUAUGUUGUACCACCUUCAAUAUUGAUCACAAUGCCAAUGAUCAGUACUAAAGAUUUGUGGGCUUGCUGCUUCUAAGUUAGUUCAUCUGCUUUCCUUUUUCCUCUGUUUAGCAUGUCAGGAGACCAGCAGAAUUCCUUUAAAAAUAGUAUUCAUGCUGUCCUCUUGUUUUCUCAA